AGGGGGUGGUGUCAACCCUGUGUAGAACUCUGAGCCCCACGGCAUGUACUGAGCUCUGGGCAGGGGAGCCCUUGGAGACAUUUGGAGGAAGCCCUGCUUUUCGCCCUGUGAUCUUCCCAGUGGGGCUACAAGGCACUUGCUGUCUCUCCCUCCCUCCUCCCGCACCAGAUCCUCUCCAGCCGAGUCUGCAUAGCUGCCCUGGCCUCACCAGGCCAGUCCCUUGGCCUCCAAGCAACGGGGAAGGAAUGUGUGCAUUGGGGGGUGGGGGGAAUGGACCCUUUUAGGAAUAGGGACUGUCCCCAGACUGAGACCUGGGCAGGGUGGAGCCUCCUGCAAGCCUGGAGGCCCCAGCCCCUCUGGGAUAGCUGAUAUGAUAAUACAGCCAGAGAAGUUACCUAGGAGGGGUGGAGGGCAAAGGCCUCGGAGGAAGACAAAAGGAAGGGGCUGUCUGUGUCCCCUUCCUCCAGCUCCACAGCUGUUUUUAAUUGCUUAGGUCACACGGGGACACACACACACACACACACCUUUGCAUCUAGCUUGGGGUAUGGGGAGGACAACUGGAUCUCUGAGCUAGAGUAGUGCUAGAGCAUUCGCGUGUCAUGUGUGUGUGUCCCAGAGGGUGCUUGGCUCCGUGAGGGUGACCUUGUGCGUGACUGUAUGUGCUAUUGGAUGUGACCGCCCAUGCUACGUCCUCUAACUCAGGAGCUGCUGUGCUGUUCACUGACCAGACUGCGGUUUGUGUGCGGUUUGUGCACUCCUGUGGCCCGUAGCUGACUCUACCUAGUUCAAGGGCUCUCCCCUGGGACCUGAGACCCCUUGUGGGGAACAGGGUGCCCAUUAUCUCUCCUGGAGACAGGAAGCCAGGAUCUGCCCCCGGGGGAAGUGCGGUGGUGUGUGUUUGGGGUGAAGUGGACUUAUUUGACCCCCCUGCCACCAUGCCCACCCCCAUGCUUGCACUUGGUUUCUGGCCCUUGAGACCUUUCACCCCCAGUGUCUCUGUAAUGGAACCCCAAAAGGAAGGCAGGGCGGGUGGUCUUCCCCACUUCAGAGAUGGGGCAACAAGGCAUGGCAAAGGGAGAAGUGACAGUGUUGGGUCCCUGUGGAGAGACUGUGAGGACAGGGCUGGAGACCGGGUUCUUGGCUGUCCACCUCCCUGAGACACAGUGGUGUCUGUCACGGGGGUGCACUUGUCGUGGUAAGGAGGUGUCUGACUGGGAAGCAGGAUACUUUGAUCCUAACUCUCUGGGCUGUGGGUGCCGUCCUGCCCUCCUGUCCCCGCUCAACAUUCAAGUCAGGGAUCCCUGGGUGGCUUAGCGGUUUGGCGCCUGCCUUGGGCCUGGGGCGUGAUCCUGGAGUCCCGGAAUCAAGUCCCACAUUGGGCUCCCUGCAUGGAGCCGGCUUCUGCCUCUGCCUAUCUCUCUGCUUCUCUCUCUUUCUGUCUCUCUCGUGAAUGAAUAAAUAAAAUCUUAAAAAAAAAAAAUUCAACAGUCAUCCUGCUGAGAUCACAGGUGUCUCAUUACAACCAGUUCUGUGACCUUGAAUGAAGCUACUUCAUCUUUGGGAGCCCCAGAGCCCUUAACCUUAAAAGAGGGAUGACAGCUAUAUCACUGGACUCAGUGAGACCGCUACACAGGGCUAUGUCACUGGAGGUGGCCAGCACCUGUGAUUCCUUAACUGGAUGAGUUCCCCUGAACGUGAGUGCCCUGUGACCUCCUCAGAGGCCAUCAGCUGGUCACUGGGUAGGGGUGGGGAGCAGGGCCAUGCCUCCCCUGCCUGCCACUCCCGGAGAGCUUUGUCUUCCACAAACACAAAACCUGGAAAUGGUGGAGGAAGAUGGACCCUCCUAACGACCAUUGUUUGAAGUGGGAGUGGGUGUCCCGGAGGCAUAUUGUGGGGGGGGGGGGGCACACAGCUGCUGCUUGCCUGCUGAGUGUCUGUACUGGGAUGGAAGCAGCUGCCUGGGGGGCGGAGGCAGAGAAGGUGGCAUUCGCUCAUUCGGCAGGUCCUGUCUGCGUCUCUACUGUGUGCUGGUCUCCGGGCUGGACAGGGGAUCCGGUGGGGCACUCGGGCCAGGCCCCACCCUUCAGGGUAUGAUCUUAGCACAGGUGGGAGCUGGUCCCUAACCUGGUCCCUGGGCCACCUGCCGGGGAGGAGGUCAUGUCUGAGCAGCUGAACCCGGCUGCAGGCAGCCUGUGUUGACCCGGGCUACAGGCCAGGCCCUGAACAGGGCCCAUCAUUCCAGCAUCCCUGAGUGAUAAGAGUGCAUGUGGAAGCUGGAGCCUAACACGUGAUUGGCCACACACUGGGCCAAGAUUUGGGACCCCCUGCCUGGUGGUGGGUUUUGGAGUGGCUGCCUAGGCAAGGGUGGGCAGGGGCUCCCACCGCCCCUUCUCCCACCACUGCCCCUAUGACUGUGUGGACACCUGUUCCGGAAACUGGCCAUUGUUCCCACCAUCCUUCCUCCCCUCGGGCCCUUCCUGUUUGGAUCCCUCCCACUGCAGCCCCCAACCCCACCCAUGCCAGGUGCUUCCCUAGGGGAACUCUGACCCACUGCAGGAAGAGGCCUGAACUGGGUUUUUUCCCCUCCCCAGAGAAAAAGAAGGAAUGGGAGUCAUAGGCCACCCCCCAGAUGGGGUGAGGAGGCUGGUAGGAGAGUGUACAAGGUCAGAGUCAGAGCCUGCGGCUUCAGCUGGCUCAGUCUUGUGGAGAGCCCUAUCCUGCUACUCCAGGCCUAUCCCCAUUUCCCCCAAUCACAUCAGGCCCGGAGCUGGAGCUGGAGCAUUAGGCUGGUGGCUUUGGAGCCUCUCCCCCUUUCUCUUGCCAGCCUAGGAAUCCUGUUCUGGAUUUUUUCCGGGACCCAUAUCUGCCUCCUGGGCCUGGGCCAGAGGCGGCUGCUGGUGCCCUGUUGAAACUUCAUGGCCAUAGCCCCAGGCCCUGCUGGCAUUGCCAUGGGCAGCGUGGGCAGUCUGUUGGAACGGCAGGACUUCUCCCCUGAAGAGCUGCGGGCAGCACUCGCCGGGUCUCGGAGCUCCCGCCAGCCUGAUGGGCUCCUCCGGAAGGGCCUGGGCCAGCGUGAACUCUUCAGCUACCUGCACCUCUCUAAGAAAGACGGCAAGAACACCAAGAGGGCCCCUCGGAACGAGCCUACCGACUAUACCACCCUCUACUACCGGGAGCAUCCUCGGGCCGGUGACUUCAGCAAGACCUCGCUGCCCGAGCGUGGUCGCUUUGACAAGUGCCGCAUCCGUCCAGCGGUGUUCAAGCCCGUGGCGGGCACUGGGAAAGGCUUCGUGUCCAUGCAGAGCCUGGCGGCGCACAAGGGUCAGAAGCUGUGGCGUAGUAAUGGCAGCCUGCACACACUGGCCUGCCACCCACCCCUGAGCCCAGGGCCACGGGCCAGCCAGGCACAGGCCCGUGCCCAGCUGUUGCAUGCCCUCAGCCUGGACGACGGUGGCCCCGAGCCUGAGCCGAGCCUAUCUGACUCCUCCAGCGGGGGCAGCUUUGGCCGCAGUCCAGGCACUGGUCCUGGCCCCUUCAGCUCCUCCCUGGGCCAUAUUAACCACCUCGGAGGCUCCCUGGACCGGGCCUCACGGGUCCCCAAGGAGGCUGGGCCCCUAGCUAUGCUGAACUGCCUGCCUGAGCCACCACCACCCUAUGAGUUCUCCUGUCCCACUGCCACCGAGGAGGUGGUGGCUGUGCUGCCCGACACCUGUGAGGAUCUCAAGAGGGGCCUUGGUGAUGAGGACAGCGCCAAUCCCUUCACACAGGUGCUGGAGGAGCGCCAGCGGCUGUGGCUGGCUGAGCUGAAGCGUCUAUACGUGGAGCGGCUGCAUGAGGUGGCUCAGAAGGCGGAACGCAGCGAGCGCAACCUCCAGCUGCAGCUCUUCAUGGCUCAGCAGGAGCAGCGACGGCUGCGCAAAGAGCUUCGCGCGCAGCAGGGCCUGGGCCCCGAGCCGCGGCCCCCCAGCGCCCUCCCAGAGGCCGACCCCAGCGUGCGACCCGAGGAGGAAGCCCGAUGGGAGGUGUGCCAGAAGACAGCGGAGAUUAGCCUCCUGAAGCAGCAGCUGCGCGAGGCCCAGGCGGAGUUGGCGCAGAAGCUGGCGGAGAUCUUCAGCCUGAAGACGCAGCUGCGGGGCAGCCGGGCCCACGCGCAGGCCCAGGACGCAGAGCUGGCCCAGCUGCGGGAGGCGGUGCGGAGCCUGCAGGAGCAGGGGCCCCGGGAGGAGGCCCCGGGCGGCUGUGAGACUGACGACUGCAAGAGCAGGGGGCUGCUGGCCGAGGCGGGCGGCCCCGAGGCCGGAGGGGGUGGCGGGGGCGCCGAGCAGCUGCGGGCCCAGCUGGUGCAGGAGCGGCUCCGCGCCCAGGAGCAGGCGCUGUGCUUCGAGCGGGAGCGGCGGACGUGGCAGGAGGAGAAGGAGCGCGUGCUGCGCUAUCAGCGGGAGAUCCAGGGAGGCUACCUGGACAUGUACCGCCGCAACCAGGCGCUGGAGCAGGAGCUGCGCGCGCUGCGGGAGCCUCCGACGCCCUGGAGUCCUCGGCUGGAGUCCUCCAAGAUCUGAGGCCGGUGGAUGAGCGGGUGGCAGAAGCACCGCCAGAAAAUGGCUUGGACAAGCCCGCCCUGAGACGGCUGGCUCCUUCCCUACACCAUUCUGAGGCAGAAGCUGCUGAAGCCGGCCAGGGGUGGGGAGGCCCACCGGGAGGAGGGGGUCCAGUGGUGCAGUGGGCUGGAUAGGGUGCCAAGCAGCAGGAGCCAGGGCAAGACCUCCUGGCAGACGGGCACCUCGGUGGGGCCCAGCCCUGCUUUCUGGAGUAGAUGUGGCCCGGAGAAGGAAGUUGGGGAAUGAAGAGCCCCGUGAUACAGAAGGGCAGGCGUGAAGGGGGGGGAGGCUGGGAUGGGAACAUUGGCCUCCCCGAGAAUAAAACCACAUUUUCUACAAGGAGGCCACGGGUGCUACAUAGGGCCUGUUCCUGUGGAUGGUUGGUGUUAGGGGCCCUUUACUGCACAGUCACGGUCAAUGGGAGGGUGUGCCCUCUGCUCCCGUGUGUGCAGCUGCUGGGCAUAUGUGUUGCACUGGGAAGUGGAGGGAUCCUUGUCCUGACUCUGCACGGCCCCUUAGCUGCCGUGUGGGCUGAAAUUCUUUUCUUCAGUGCCAGUGGGAUUUUGCAGAAGGAACAAUGCCAGAGAACCCAGAAAAACAAAAGGGCAAGUCAACCAAGGCAUUGCUAGAACAUGAAACAUUCUCUUGGUAGGAAGUCUGGGCCCUGGGUACCCAGCACCCUGCUGGGUUUAGGGCUGGCCUAAGACAGCUUCCCCUGGAGCCACCCAAAGGCUCCAGCAGGGACCUGCCCCUCCCAGAACGCACCUUCUAUCUCCAUCUAGCUGUGGCGUACCCACCCUCCACAGCGAUGGGAGGGGUGCAGGAAGGUGCAGGAAGACAGGCAGAGAAAACUUGUGGAUGGGUUACAUGGUAAAGGGCCUGUACCACAGUGGGGAACAUCGCCAUUUCCCUGUAGCCAAUGGAAGGCCAAGGGAUAUUUUUAAGCAGGGGUGAGAUGUGACCUAAUUUGUAUUCUGAAAAGCUCUGUCCUGAGAGGAAGCAGCCCUCCACCUCCAGCCCUGCACCAGGCACCCUGACCGUGGGUUUCAGACCCCUAAAGCCCACUCCCACCCUUAACCUUUCAGCAGUCUGGUUUCCCCUCUGGGCUUUUGCACCCUCUUGGGUGGGUGGCCUGGAGCACAGACCCAGUCUGGCAGGCAGGUAGUUAUUCCCCACUCCUUGCAGUAAAGUUCAGCGUUCUCAUGAGUGUGUUGCUGUAACUGCUGCCAUGCAUUGAGCAGUUCCUGUCUUCUGUUAGGCCUUGGGUGCAUGGGGGCUAACAGUUGAAUUAGGCUUCCUGCUCCAGGGGAGUCAGCCCACAGACAUCUCCCCUUCUAGUUGCUACGGGGCAGCAGCAACCUCUGAGCUGUUUCUUCAGCUCUCUGCAGAAACCCCAGUUUGCACCCUCCAGCCAUGAUUCCCCCUUCCCAGGGCAUGCCUCGCAGCCCCUUGGGCCCCAGCAGGUGGAUCCUGGUAGAGUGGCUGUGCAGGGGUACCUGCAGAGCUCUGGAGUAUGAGUUGAUGUGCCCCACCUUUUUUAGGGUGGAGAAUGGGGUGUGUGAAUCGUCUGCUGUGGGGAUGGUGUGUUUAUGGUCAUGUAAGUGGCAGGUGUGUGUGGAGCUGUCUUGGUGGUGGGUGUGUCUGGGGGUGUGUUUGGGGCUCCUGUGUUGGGAGGUCAGGAGGGCUGCUUCCUGGCUCCUCCUUCUGCUCUAUUUCUUCCCACCAGCCGCAGCCCCUGUGGCUCUGGCCAGGCUUGGGUAGAGCCUAUGGCCAGGACAGACCCCUGCACCUAGCUGAGACCCAUCUAGAACCACCCUGAGCCUCGGUCAUUUGCCCCGGGGAGGGAAACUGGGAGCACUCAAGUGAGGCAGGCCUAUCUCUCACGGGCCUUGGAAUUUGUUCCACAGAUCCCUCCAAACCGAGGCCUCAGGGCCAGUCACCCUCCAGAAGGCCCUCCCAGAGCUAGAUGCUGACCUCAAGCCUGGGUCACUCCCUCCCCACAACCUGGAGCUGGUCAGGCCAGGUGCCCACAUGCCUGACAGUGGCCGGGGUCCACCUUUCAGUGUACCAUCUCUGCCUAACUCCCCACCCAGCAAUUAGAGAGCUGGGCCGGCCAGUACAGCCAGCGGGGAGUGGGUGGGCGGUACCAAAACUUGGCAGCUGUGCCAGAAACCAGGGCUAGACCCAGAUGCAGGGGGAAGGGCACAAGGGAGCUGAAGCUGGGGUGGCUCAGAGGGAACCAGAUCCUGUUAGCUCAUCCCUGCCGGGCAAACCAGUUCCCUGGUCCCCGAGCCGGCUGGGUGGCUCUGGGACCAGCUGAUCACAGGUGCCACAGCGGUGGCUCCUGCUUUAGAGUGGCCCCUCCCUCCAUUGCCUGGUGGGUCCCUCAGCUCCCCAGCUGCCCAGAGGCACUCUCCAGCAGACGAGGCUAAUUCUCCAAAACCCCCCUACCCUGUGUCCACAGACCCAUAGAUUUGCUGGUAUUUUGGUUUUUCUCCACUGGGCUGUGGGCAUUGCCAGGCAGGCCUGUGUCUUCUGUCUUGAUUCCUCAGAGCCUUCUCUGACUCCAGCCCAGAAAGCACUGGGGGACUCGAGUCAAGCCCCUUCCCUGACCUUUCCCUGACUGGCAUGGGUUUGAGCUGGAGGUGGAGUGGAGUAGGUGGGGAAGUCUCCAGGUCUGAGUGUUAAUUCACCAUUCACAGGCACCUGUGCCCAGACUGUGGCUGCAGAGCCGGUCACCAUCCCCUGCCUGGUGAGGCACUACAACGCCUCCCUGAGGGCCAGGCCUGGGUCUUAGAUGAAGAAGCCAUAGUGGCAAAGGCCUCUGCCCCCAUGACCCUUCCCUGUGGGUAGAGGAGGGAGAUAGCUCACAUAUAUGUCCAUGGUAGUGACAGGAUGAGAAGAAUGCAAACAUAUACACACACUCCCUGCCACGGUAGCAAGUCAGCAGAGCACAGAGAAGUACAUUUCUCUGAGACUGAGGGUGGGGGUGGUGGCGAUCGGUAUUAGGGAGCCUGUUUUCAAAGAAGGUGCCUGCCCCACAAUGACAGUUCAGACUGUAACUCACCACCCUAGUAGGUGGGGCUUAGUCCUCUAUACUGAAUUCAGAAAAGAAGAAUGUGUUAUUUCUUGCAACAAAACAAGAGUGAAAUAGGUCACGAAAGGUGGGACAUGAGUGCCAUGGAAUUCAGAGGAAAGCUGGCUCACUUUUCACUGCAGGUGAUGAGGGGUGUUUAUCUGGGGGAGGGUGACAACGAUUGACCACACUUUGGUCAAGUGCUUCUAACCUCUCUUUGCUCCUGACCUUGGAAGGUAUCCCUCCUGAUUUAGUCCAGAUCUAGCAAGAUUCCUGCCAAGUUAGUUUAGCCAGAGUCCCCCAUCGGCCGCAUCAGAUACCCUGCCAUGCAUAAUCUGGCUCUUCAUCUUCCACCAUGCCCAGGUGGUGGCUGGCCUGCCUUCCGCAAGACUCCUGUGAGGUGUGUUCAGCCGGGCUGCCUCCUGACCCCUGGAGGUAUCCUCUUAGUAAUGUUUCAUCCACUGCCCUCCCCCCACCCCACCCCACCCUGCUCCUUCACCAUAAAUUUGACUUUUCCUUGUAUUUGGAGUUAAGCCCACUCUCCCCCCCAACUACAAAACCCCCACUGCACUAUCCUUUCUGAAUAAAGUCUUCCUUACCACUCUU